AUGCCUUCAGAGCGACAAAAACAACAAAGGGCGAAUAUUCUCUCAAAACUGCGCAACGAGCCAGCGUCAACCAACCUGCAAGCGUACUUUGAAAGAUUGAAGAAAGGUUGUCUAACUUGGGACAUUGAAACUUUUAUCGAAGGUGCAAAUACUUUUGCCAAACUAUGUGGACCUGCAAGAGCCAAAUACUACGACAACCCAUUGAAAGGGCUACGUUCUGCCAACUCACUCACAAAACUGUGGGAUGAGACAUACCCUGAAGAACCCAUCACCCUGUGGGAUCGGGAUAUCAGACAUCAAUGUCCAGCUAGCUGGUCUAAUGGACUUGAAGGGCUCUGGAUGUAUACAGCUUGGCCUGGCCAUGUGCACCCAGACUUCGCGCCAAAGGAUUUUGGUACUCUAGCCGAGGAAGCAAAAGAAUUUGCCAAUCAUACUUUGAAUGCAGAGGACUGGGAUGACGGAUGGAUUGAGUUUCACGUUCAAUUUUCAAAUUUGUCUCUUUCUCCCUUCAUGUGGGUAGACUUUGACCAGGGCACUGUAACCAGUAUUAGCAAGAUACUAGAUUAG